GGCAGAACCAAACAUGUACCGGCAAGUACUGGAAAGUUGGCACAGCCAGGAUAUGGGAAGCAUCCAUAGCGAAAUGGGAAGCUUGCAUAGCCAAGGCCAAGACCAAGACCAAGAGACAGGCAACAGUGCAUGCAGCAGCGCUUCCUCCACUACUUUCAAACCAAGCAGAAGAAGCAACUGCAUAUAUGACAACUUGCAUGCAUCUCUUUCGCCAAUAAUCCGUUCUCAUCAAAAACGAUUCCCAACCACCGAAGGUCAUCCUAAUGCUUUGAAGAACAUCAAUCCUGACAUUCUGAAGAACAUCAACAAUUUCGCGCUCUUGCAGGCCUCUAUAACAGAUAUCAUCAACCAUACAGAAGGCAGUGCACUGUCUCAGUUCCGCAGAUCUCAUUCAACAUUGGACUUCCGAAAAUAUUGAUCCGGACAAGAUGUAAUAACUAGUAUUGUUCAGAUCGGACUGGACUAAGAUCGACUAGACAGACGGAAUUGAGAUGUUAUAUUCUUCCAUGCGCGCAACCUACAAGCUUAUAAUUAUUUUUCCUCCUUUUUUCGGUCUGAGUUUUUCCCUUAAUUAAGUUUGUUCAAUAAAUAAAUCUUUGUAUGUACCCUUUCUUUACUCGAUAAUUUAUGCCAAAUUCUCUUGGGAAUAACAAGGAAGGGAAAUUAAUAAUUUUUUUAUUUUUUGGUGAAGAACGGGGAGCACAACCCAAAGAGAAAACUACAGCAAAACAAGUCCGAGGUACUCCAGCAGCAUCAUCUAUGAGAGCUGGUCUAAUCCAAACCGAAGGCUCAUCAAAUACAAGAAUGCCAAGAUCCAUAUUAAAACUACAAUUAGCCAACUGAUCCACCACAAUAUUCUUCUCUCUGUAAAUGUGUUCCAGCUGACACCUCCUCAG